CGCUCAGAUGUUUUUGACAGUUGCAACUUCUUGUUUUCAUGUAAACAAAUAUACAAAAUAGUUCACGUCAUCGAAUUUUGUGGCUCCCGCAGUAUUGCUAAAAUAAUCCCAAAAUGACCGACGAACUGUGUGAUAAAAUCGAAAACGAUGAGUUCUACAAAAACUUCCUUGCGGAUAAACCCAGCCCGGAGCUCCAGCUAACCGUGGCCAUCAGUGAUCAAAUCACCAAACUUUCGGAAGGUAUCGAACAACUGUCCAGCGCGCUGCAAAAGCAAGUUCGAGAACAGUACGGUGCACUACUAUCGCAAGCCAAACACGCCGGUACACUGAACGCGUCGAUUGAAUCCAUUUCGAGCCAUAUCGAAACGCUUCGCUUCGGUGCCGAACGCUUACGCCGGCAGAUAACCGUACCGUACGAUGUUUUGGAAACGCAAACCAAGGUGCUGGGCCGGUUGCACGAAGCAUCACACGUACUACGCCAGUGUGCCCGCUUUCUGCAGGUACACAAAGCGCUGGACAGUACGACCGAUCUUGCCGAGCAGGCAAGCAUUGUAAACGAGCUGGAAGGACUGAUGGAAGAUGUGGAUCUUACCAAGAUUGACUUUCUGCGUGAAGAAAUAAGCACCGUAAAGAAAGCGAAACAGCGACUGCUAAAGGUAGCAAAUCGAGAUCUUUUCGAGGGCAUUCUCAAAAACAAACACGACCAGGUCGGUGUUUGUGUGCGCAUUUUUCACAAUCUGAAAAUUUUACCCAAAUGUCUUAACAACGUGCUGGAAACGUUCAGCAAUUAUCUGAAGGAUGCGAUUAAAGAAUCGUUCGCCGGGACGGAUGUUGCCAAGCUGCGUAAAACGGGCGCUUCAUCUCCAGCCAAAGAGCGGCACGAAUCACGCCAACUGAAAGGCCCCGGUAAGGCACCGACCCUUACCAACUCGUCCAACUUCCGUACGAAGCUGUGGCAAGCACUGGAAUGGUUGUUCCUGGACGAAAUGUACGGUCACUGCACUCAGGUGCUGUUUCUGCAAAAAUGUCUACUCGAGCUUCCGCUCGGCGACGAGUAUACGCUGGCGAAAGAGUUUGACCGGAAGUUUUGGACCAAUCUGGAGAAACAGUUGGUGAGCUCAUUCAAAUCGGCUCAAUCCCACGUGACGCAAACACUGCAGCAAGGCCUCCCAAAGCUGCUGUCACUGGCCCGUGGUUUGGAAACGAAAAUCGAUCAACACUUUACGUUCGGUGAGAAAGUGUUCGGUUCCCUCGAGGCGGGCUAUCUGGAAAAGUGUGCCAACAACUUUAAAGUUGCGCUGGUCGACAUAGACUUUCCCAACCAGGAAGUGAUCGAUGGAUUGGUGCGGGUCGCUUCGACCGAGCUGAAUGCGGCCAUCGUUGAUCCGCGCCUGAUCGGUCUGGUAACGGGUGUGCUGUGUGUCUCGAACAAGGAUCUUUGGAACAAAAUCGAACGGAACGUGAAGCUCGGUACCGAAACGCAGCAAGUGUUUGACAACCCAAACGUAGCACAAUCGCAAAACAUUACACUGGCAAACAUUAUCUUCUACCAUCACGAAGCAAUCAACCGGUUGGUGCAGAAUUUGGGAACGAAAUUCUCCUCACUGAACGCAUCGAAACGAUUAACGUCAAGCCUCGUUGAAGGAAAAACGAUUACGAUGGCGAUCUUACAACCACUGAUAGCUUCCAUCCAUUCCGCGGUAAACGUUAUCCUACUCUCGAUGCACCGUGAACCGGGCCUGAACUCGAACAACAUUUCCACCUCCGGCCCUUCGCUGUACAUGAAAGAGCUGCAGGACUUUAUCGUUCGCGCCUGGAGCACCCACAUUCUACCGUUUAACGAUCGCUCGAUGAUCGAUGAAGCUGGCCGUAAUCUGGCGAUCCGUUGUAUUGAACUGUUCGUACAAAACUUGGCCACCAUUCGACCGAUUUCAAUGCCGGGCAGACAACGACUCAAAGCCGACUGUCACCAUCUCGAGGGAGCACUGAAACCGAUCGUUUCGGAUCUUUCCUCGCUAGGGAAAAGUUUCCGGCUGCUGCGGGCGAUCGCUUCACUUUAUACCGCUAGCCCCCAGGAACUGGUUGAUCAGACGGCUGAGGAAGGUGGAGUUGUACCACCGUACAUCGUGCUGUUUAUGCUUUUUGGACACGCGGGUAAUGAUAUGGCUAGCCCGCACGUAACGGCUGGUUGGGGCAAUGAGAAGCUGUUACAGUGGUUGGAAAGUCAUUCGGCGGAAAGGGAACGAUUGGAGCUAAUUACGGGAGCACUGCAGAAGUAUCGUACCGUGAUACGGCAGAAGAACAUCACGCAGUACGAUCCUGUGUAUCCGAUCGUGACGAACUAUUUGGAGAAUGUUGCUAAACAUUUGCACUGAGCGAAGGUACAGUGUACGCUUUUUAGGUAUUGUGCAGUAAGUCAUUAAAUAAACUAGAUAAAUCUAUCAUGGAUAA